UGCUAAUAAAAAUCUACUCAUAAUAAAGCUGACAAAUUUGUUUUUGUUCGUUUGUUAUAACGCGUAAUCUGUGGAAUUUAAAAUCGCAUUUGAUAAAUAUUUCUCGCAUGUAACAGCUAGUUCUUGAGGAGGUUUAAUAAAGGCUAUAUUACUUAACUUGACAACCCCGACCGGAGUUAAAGUUGGAAUGAAAAUCCGCUAGUAUUAAGGUUAACACAUAAACGUUUAACUUUAACUGGUAAAAUAUAUAUUGGAUCAGUAUUUACAAAAUUCAAGUUACCGAGAGAGAAAGUUUCGGGUGAAAUUUAUAUGCAAUAAACUUAGGAAAUAUCUUCCACUACGUUUUAUUAUUUUUGUAUAUGAUAGGCCAAAUUAGGUGCCGAAUAAACAGAGUUGGUAAUAGCGCAGACGGGCGACGCGUCGGGGUUAUUCGUGGUGUAUUAGAAGAAGAGGAAACACUAUAUUGUACGCAAAAUAUAAAAUAAUAGAAGCAGUUCGCAGAUUAACAGACACAUAUUAUGUAGUAUAGAAUACUACUAUUAUAAAUCCUGAGCUGUGGACAAAUCUUUACGAAUAUUAUAAAUGCGAAAAUGUGUAUGUUUGUCUGUCCUUCGUUAACGCCCUAAAUAAGCAACCAAUCGACUUCAGAUUUAGGCUUUUUAUUCCCGGAAAACAAACGGUUCCACGGCGUUUGUAAGCAACCGUAGUAAACGCGAUAGGAGAACGCGGGCAGCUUCAGUCCACUAUAUUUAUAAAACAUACUUUGAACCAAAAGUAAACAAAAGAUUGCUCAAUAAUUUCAAAAGACAAGUAAAAGUGUAUAGAUGGAUGCAUGGAUCUAUAUCAUUGAUCGAAGUUUUUCUUCGAAUUUCUUUGAAUGAAGUAUAACAUCAACUUUCCGCAGAAUAAUUAUCGAGUACUUAAUAAGAAGGUAAAUAUUUAUUUUCGAGGAAACAGUUACUGGCAGUAUAAAGUCGAACAAUCCCUUUGUUUUCCACUCAUUUUCUUUUCGAUCAUUCAUAAGUUAAGGUACUUACUCGAUUUAUAAUGAACGUAUAUUUUAUAGCGUUUGCAUUUUUGUAUGUAAUAUCUGAGUUUGUUGCUUUAUUACAACCACCCAGAGAAGAUCUUCCGAAACCUUCGGCCACAACGGCGUUUGACUACGCACCCACAUUGGACAAUUCCGAGACAAAUCCUGAUUUAAAGUCACUAUGGCUCAAUCGGCCGCCGUCUAUACGGCAAUCUCAAAACGAUGACGAGCAUCCGACCCAUCGCGUCGUGUCUGACUCACCGUAUUCACUCACAAGGCUAGCAAAGCCGCUCUCAUAUGGGUACGACCCUUUCUUUCGAAAGCAAUAUUUCGAACCGUUUGAAAGGCGCCAGAAGCCUGUUACACUUGUUGCCUUUCGCAAACAUGGAAUUAUUCCUCGGAAGUCGAACGUGUGUGUUGCCAGGGAUGACUAAUGGCUCCAAGACGUGGUCGCUGACUAUGGGCCUUAAAAGAGGGCUCUGAGUCACAAAGCGAGCGAUGGAGACAGCUAUGUUCGGGGUAUGUCUACGUGAUAGAAUGAGGAUAAAUGAGGAGCUCCAUAGAAGAACCAGAGUUACGGACAUAGCUGAACGCUGGGGUCCCAAGGUCCUGGAAUGGUGACGUCGCACUGGUAAACGCAGCGUUGGUAAACCCUCGACGAGGUGGA